UCUCCUGUAGGCAUAAGUAUUACUUGCAGGAUCUCUGCAUGCACAUUCCAAUUUGAGCUCUUGUUACGUUAAGAAUAAUUUAUUCUUAACAGUUCCAUCAGAACCGUUGGAGUAAUCUGUCGGAAGAGUGAAUUAUUUUUAAAUUCUCCUAAGUGUUUGCUUUAUAAAGAAAAGUGGGAUAAUUCGUUUGGGAAAAAAUGGGGAUGACAACGUCUCCUCGAUCGUUCAAGUAUUUGAACGGAAAAAUAUAUGUUUUGGUGAUUGUGCUAUUUGCUUUUCUAUAUCGGAUUGAAGCUGGUGAUGUAUGCAACGAAGGAUGUCCUGCUGGCGGAAACAAACCUGGAAAAUUGGUCUUCAAAGCGGGCAGCGUAUACACCUAUGACCUCAAAAGUGACAUCAAAAUUUACCUCUCCGGAAAACCAGAUAACCAGGAAAAGACCAUGUCGGUAGCUGGUUCAUUCGAAGUUUACGCAGAAACUGACUGCAACUACGCUAUGAAAAUUUUGAAUUUGCAAGUCAAAGGACCAGAUAGAACUGCCAUUCGAACCGGUGCUGACUUACAGGGCCAGAAAAUUGUUCGUUUCACUUUUGCCAAUGAUGAACUCACGCCAGAAAUUUGUGCGCAAAGCGAUGAUACCGAGUUUGGAUUGAAUGUGAAACGUGCGUUGAUAUCUAUGCUUCAAUCGGCUGAUUCUAAGUCAUACGAAACCGAUGUGUUCGGAACGUGUCCAACGUCUUUCUCCAAGUCACAGUCGGGCGAUACAUUAACGGUUAUCAAAACGAAAAAUUUGAACCUUUGCGGACAUCGAGAAACACUAUCCAAUGGAUUGAUAACUGGCGUGAUUGAUGACAAUGCUGGAGUAAAAUCAACUCCUUUGUUGAACGGCGACUACAUCAGCGAACAAAGAUAUAAGAGUGGAAUUUUGGAAAAUGUUCAAUUGACCGAAGAUUAUCACUAUGUUCCAUUUUCAAGCGGUGAGGCAGGUGCCAGGGUGAAAGUAACAACAACGGUCAAAAAAACGAAACAAACUGAGGGCGCAGCACCCAAAACUGCAGCAGGUGUACCAAGAACAUUGUUGUUUGAAAAUCCAAAGCCUCAAGUUAUUCCUAAAUUUGGAGCUACCAUCGAAAAGUCUUUGAAAGCCACCUUGGAAACAUAUAAAAAUUAUGUCGGCGACAAUUCUGCGGCUAAAUUCAGUGAAUUGAUUCGCUUCAUGCAAUAUGCUAAAAAGGAUGAACUCGCUCAAUUGUUCAGCAAAGUUAAAGCCGGUACUGUGGACAGCAACAAAGAUUUAACACGAAAAGUAUACUUGGAUGCACUUUUCCGUACUGGCACUAGCGACUCCAUGGAUGCCACUGUUGCCCUGAUGAAUGAACUGACUGACAAAGAGAAGCGGAUUGCGUACAUGUCUUUCAAUUUGGUGAAGAAUGUGAACAAAGACAGUCUUCCCUCAAUAGCGAAACUUAUUGAUGCGAAGACUCCAUACCCGAAAGAAGUCUAUUUGAGCCUCGGCAGUCUACUCAACAAAUAUUGCAGAAAGUAUGGAUGCAAAGCCACUGAAACGAAAAAUAUUUUCGAUAAAUUCAUCCGCAAACUAAACCAAUGCAAAGCCAAUACACGCGAAGAGGAAACCACGAUUAUUGCAGUUCUAAAAGGAAUCCGCAAUACAAACCAUCUUUCACCGCCAAUCAUCAAUCAAUUGGUGCAAUGUACAAAUGACAAGAAAUCAUCACGUAUUCGUGUUGCAGCCCUGCAAACAUUUACGGCUGCUGCAUGUGAUUCAAAUGUUCAAAAAACUGCCCUGGCUUUGAUGAACAACCGUGAAGAAGAUGCUGAAUUAAGAAUUGAAGCUUACUUGGCAUAUGUUGCUUGUCCGUCCGGAACUGUUGCUAACGAAGUCAAGAGACUGUUGGACACAGAAACCGUUUACCAAGUUGGAUCUUACAUUACAUCGCAUUUGGCUAGUAUUCGAUCAUCGACCGAUCCAUCUCGCGAAGCUGCUCGACAACAUUUCGCCAAUGUUCGUACCACACAGAAAUUCCCUGUUGACCUACGUCGUUAUUCUUUCAAUCGUGAAAUUUCCUAUUCACUUGGAUCGUUGGGACUUGGGGCAGGUGCGGACUCAAACGUUAUUUAUUCGCAAAAGAGCUUCCUUCCGCGAUCGGCUCGUUUCAAUUUGACUGGAGAAAUUUUCGGAAACAGCUUCAAUAUCUUCGAGGUGGCGGGCCGUCAAGAAAACUUAGACCUGUUGAUGGAGAGUCGACUUGGUCCAAAGGGUUUCUUCAAUACGGCUAAUUUGCAAGAGAUUUACGAUGCUUUCUUCAGCGAUGUUAAACACAUGCAGAAGAGAUCCGUGCGUAACGAUAUCAAACAAUUUGCGAAGACUGUCAACAUGGGCAACGAAGUGAACAACGAUAUUGACUUAGAUAUAUCGUUUAAGCUUUUCGGAAGCGAAAUGUAUUUCUUGAGUUUGGGAGAUAAUUUGAGCAUGGACCCGAGAGAAUUCCUUAAGGAUGUUCAAAAGAGAAUUACUGGAGCGCUUAAUAAGGCUAAAGAUUUUGAUUACACCUACGAAAGUCAUUCCUUGUUCUUGGAUGCGGAGCUAGUGUACCCGACCGGUGUUGGUAUGCCAUUGAAAUUGUCGACAUUGGGAACUGGUGUUGUACGAAUGGAAACUGGUGGAAAAUUCGAUUUCAAAAACAUGAAAGAUAAUCCAAAGGACGCGAAAUUCAACUUGAAACUGGUUCCGAGCUACAAUUUCGAAAUUAAAGGCACAAUUAGUGUGGAUGGCUUUAGUGUUCUGUCUGGUCUUCAAUUAACUGGAACGGUCCAUUCAUCAACUGGUUUAGAGAUUGACUUCAAAAUGGUUGAUGGAGGAAAGGGAGUUGACUUUGAUGUUCGCUUCCCCUUGACGAAACAAGAACUUUUCAAAUUCGACCACAAAAUCGUGUUCGUUUUACAAGAACGUGGCAAGGACAGUAUCGACACUCCGUUGAAAUUCACAUCCAAAUCGAAUGCCUUCAGUGGAUGUUUCGAUCAACUGGUCGACUAUGUUGGAGUUGUAGUGUGUGCAGAUUACAGCAUCAGCACACCACAAGUAGGUGGGGCCGCAUUCCCUCUCAACGGACCAAACUACGUGAAUGCGUAUGUCAAUGUUGAUUCUUUAUACAAAUUCCAAGCUCGUGUGAAUAACGAUAAGCCGGGCUAUCGGUCCCUCGAAUUCAAAUUCGAUACGCCUGGAUCGACAACUCCUCGAGCAACCACCCUGAAGAUGGAAGUUGCCUCUUCACCCAAAUAUUUCGCACGAAUUGCUUUGACAUCGCCAAUUCCAACAAUACAAAAUGCGUAUGUUGAGGCUGGCUUCAAUAAUAAUGACAAAGAGCUAGUGUUCUACGUAGAUGCAGGUCGUGGAAGCGAACAAUAUACCGGAAAAGUUGGAUUUACGAAAGCUGGCAAUCCGAACCAUCAAGAGUAUACACCAAUUCUUCUAUGGAACACACCGUCAUCAACUCAAGACAAAUUUUUCGGAUACAAAGUAACCGGUAAAGUGGUAGUCGAUAAACGAUCAGAUACUGCAAAGCGAUACACCUUCAACAAAAUUGAAGUUAUUGGAGAUGGCGAGCCAGUGACUGUCGACGGUUGGGUAGAUGUAGAUGGCGAUAAGCUUAGUAAUGAUUUGAAAAUCAGCAAGGGAAGUGCCAAUGGAAAAUUCGUUGGUAAUUUCGAAGUUCGCAAGAGAUUUGUUAAUUUCGAUUUGGGAAUGACAACCAAUUUCCAUGAUUAUGCCAACGGAAAGAUUGCCUUCAAUUUUGAUCACGGAGAUAACUAUUUCAGCAACAAAUAUUUGGUUGUUUAUGGCCAGGACCUAGAAUCGCAGACAAAGAGAGUGGAAUUAUACCAUAGAUACGACUAUGAAUUCACCGACAAUGAGAAAUUGAAGUCUUUGAAGAUCGACCAGAAAUUCAAAGCGCCAGCUGUACCAGUGAACUAUGAAUUCGAGGGUGAUUUCAACAAGAAUUUAGUGAAAUUCGACCUUGGCAUUGGUUAUCAAAAGCACACAUUUGGAGGCAAGUUAACAUCAAAACUGAAUGGUAAAACACAGGGCGACUAUGACGUCAAUUUCACCGUUUCGUUGAACACUCACAAUGCGAAAUUGUUCAUGAAACGUGAGAUCGAAGGCGGUAAAUCUAAGAUCAACAAUCGUUUCACAACAAGUGCUGGAACUAAGGCUGAACUGAAUGGACACAUCGGCAAUGAAAUUGGUCCCAAAAACGCAGACAUCAAUCUGGAAGGUACACUGGUACCAAUCGAAAAGGAAGAGCCAUACAAGUGCACCUUGGUAAUCUUGCUGACAGCGAAAAAAGCCUCUUCCAACGCUAAAUUGUUCGUUGGAUCAACCGAAUUGGCGUCUUAUGAUGUGAACGUUGACCGAACAGAUGACAAAAAUAUGAACGGAGUAUUCAACAUGAAGGUGAAGGACACCAUUGAUGGAAAGGGAACAUUCAAAUCUAAUAACGGCAAAGGCGAUGGAAACGUUCUGGUGACGUUGCUAAAAGUAGAUCGCAAGUUUAAGGUCAGCUCAACAUUCAACAUUGCUGCUCCGAUUUAUGACAUGAAGACUGAAUUUUACUACAAUUUCGAAAAAGAGAACGACAAGAAGAUCACAUUCGACACAAAGAAUAGAGUGAUGAAGGGAAGCUUCGAUAGCAAGAACACGCUCGAAGUUCAAGGCGACAAGUACAUCUUCAACACUGACGGCACAACCGAAGGUCGACCAGCCGAAGGAAAAGCAAAUGUAAAAUUCCACUUGACACUACCCAACGGAAGAGAAAUGUCUGGAAACGUAGAGCGCGAGGUUAGAAUAAAACAGGAUGUCGGCACUGGCAAUUUACUUGUCUCGUUGAAAGAUAUACUUCCAAACAAAAAGACCCGUUCGAUGGUCGUAACUGGUACUCUCUCUGAUGCUAACAUUCGAUCCAGACUAUUCAAUCUGGUGCACAAAAUUACAUUCAUCGAUUUCGAUGGACGUGAUGUUGUUCUGAGCACACACUUCAAGAAUGUGCCGAAAGGUGAAUUUAAAAAUGGAGCAGCAGAAUUGAAUUUGCGCGGCAGUAUGCUACCGGAAGUGAUCGACUUGAAGAUAAGCGUUGAUGAGUAUUGUCAUGAACAUGCUGUUUAUUCGGCAUCGGCGAAAUACGGCGGUCAAUUUAACUUCAACGUAAACGGCAAUUACUAUGUUGGUACCGGAAAGAAACCCACAACAUACGACAUUAAGACCGUGAUUAAUGUUCCGAAUACGCAAAUUAAAUCGGCAAGUUUACAAUCGAACGGUAAAUUCAUAGCACCACAGAGCCCCACGGAUGUGUACGAGGGACAAUUCAAAGUUAGUGGCGCAUUGAACAAUAAAGUUUUCUCCGCUGACACAACUCUCAAAGGCAACAACAAAGCCGGAUCGGGUAACUUGAAAUUCAACGUUCCCGAUAUGGAUCCGUUUUCGGCUGAUGGCAGUUACACAUUGAACAUUGAAGACGAUGUCAAUGGUGAUGGUAAAGGAACAUUAAAUGUUCAUUAUGGAAAAGAUAAAACGGUUUCCGUUUCUACUGAUGUUAAAGUGGGAUCUAAUGGUGAAGAUGUAGCCGUACAGGUUGGACUUAAGACUCCAUUCGAUAAUGCAAAGAAUGUGGAUUUUUCAUUCAAACAAGUAGUCUCUGGUAACUCUAACACAAUGCGAGCCACAAUGAAAGCAGAUGACAAAAAAUACGCUCUAGUCAGUCACACCUCGUUCACAACCGUCAAUCCCAAAGUUGACAUUGUACUCACUUAUCCCAAUCAUCCAGAUGUGAAAUUCUUCUUUGAAUCACACAAUUUGGGUGAUUCGAAAUACAAUGGCAAAUUGAAUAUGGAAAAUUUCGGUGACUUCAAUCUCAUUUCAUCGGCUGAAGGCUCAUUCCAAAGCUUGGAGAAUUACUAUCUCAUAGUCGACAUAGACUCGCCAAAAAUGCAGAUCAAUAAAGUACAUGUUGAAAUGAAUUCGAAGAAAGGCGGUAAAGGUGUUGAGUUUAAAGCAACCGAAGGGGGAAAGAACGUCAUCAGCGGAAGUGCUGACUUUACAGUGCAAGAUCAAAAUGGUAAACUGGAAAUUGGCGGUCAAGGCGAUUUCAAAUUCUAUGAGAAGCAAAGCACUGGUAAUUUCAAGUACGUUCGUACCAAUUUCGACGAAAAACAACACAAAGAGAGCGGCUUCAAAGUGGUCAUGAAUGGAAACAUCGACAACAAGAAAGUUGUGGCCGAAUUCAAAUGGACAAACAAGAAUUUCCACAUUCAAAACUCAAUUUGCCAGGAUAACUCCAAGUGCAGUUCCAUCCAAAUCAAUUCAGCAAUCGAUCAGACUGAUCUCGAUUUCAAGCAUAACUUGGUUGUCAAUAUCGACCUAGGAUCAUUCGGCUAUACGCACGACUUCAUAUUAACGUCUACCACUGAUGGGUCCGGAUUCCGUCUCAGACAUCAUACGUUCGAUAUGCAAUUGAAGAACAAAAACGCCAUCAAAUAUCAAUUCAAGGUGGACUUGAAACCAGAGGACAGCAGUGUAAUGCUAUCGUUGCCCACUCGUCAAGUUGUCGUUGAAGUUGUAUUGAGAAUACCGAAAGACAUUUACGGAAAAUACGAUGUCAGGGUAUCGUCGUACUUGGAUAAGAGAAAUUCACCAGCCAAUGUGGCCACUAUCGGACUAACUGCUGAUGUCAAUCAAAUGGGAAAUAAUGGCGUGAGAACGAAUUAUGCUUUGAAAUUCUCGCACCCAUCUCUUAAGGAAAUGAAAGUAUUCGGAAAGUCUGAAUUGAGCGGUGACGAUAUGUAUGCUUCCGGUGAAAUGACCAUUGACAUCUUCAAAAAUGCAAAUCAGGCAAUCGUUAUCGUCGGCAAAUAUGACAACCUCGAAUCCGAUCCAUUGAAGGCAUUCAAUGUUUCAUCCGAACUGAGUGUUAAGAGUCAGGGUCUAGGUUUCAACUACGGAUUUACUGGUCAUGCCGCCGCUUCAUUGGAUCGCCGUCAAGUCAGUAUCGGCGGAUCCAUUCAAUCGCCAACACCAAACCUUCAGGCUAGCAUCUUUUACAUAAGCACCGAACGUAAUUUCGAGCUUGUGGCAAACGCAUUCAACGAAAAACUGCUUCAAGCUGAUGGACAAUAUGAUUUGGAUACGCACAAUGGCAAAUUGAAGGCAACAAUGAAAUAUUUGAAUACGGCGCCAUUCAUUCUUGAGGGAACCAUUAGUGGAUUCAAUUCCGUGAAAGGUACCUUCAAGAGAGAUCGUCUGAUCGACGUAACCGGUGAGGUAACACAAGGCAAGGAAGCGAGUCUAUUGGUAACCGGACAAGGCAAGGAGCUGUUCCGCGGUAGAAUUGCUUUGGAUCAGACCCAUUUCUUGAAAUCCGAAUACAAAGUCGAUGACGCCCAGAUCAAAGAGUUCAUGAAAAUUGCUCAAAACGAAAUUUCGAAAGACGCCGAGAAAAGCAAAGCAGAAAUCGAAAAGCGAUUGAAUGAUGCUCGCACCACGUUGGACGAUCAAGUCACCAAGAUAAAGGGAGCCGUACCAGAUUUCGAUCGAUUCGUUGCCGAAUACAAGAAGGAAGGUCAAAAGGUUCUAGAUGAAUUGAAGACGGACGAAACCAUUAAGAAGUUCAUCGAAUUCUACAACCAGUUCUACGAGUCAAUCGGAAAGACCCUUGAAGAAGUCAUGAAGACGCUUAUCGAAUACGUCAAGAAGGUCAACGAGACCCUUGCCGAAUUUUACAAGGACGUGCGCCAAGCAUUCAACGACAACAUCCUACCUGCAUUGAAAGAAACCUACACAAAUGUGGAACGAAUCAUUAUGGCUUUCGCCGAAGAAGCUGUGCGUCUCGUCGGAGACUUUGCUCAGCGGGUGGUUCAGAGUAUGAAGGCGUUUGAGGAAGAUUUUGCAAAGAUCGGCAGUGUUGUGUCGGAACAGUUUAAAAAGAUUGCCGCAAUUUUCAACAAAUACUUUGACACUAUUCGCAAGGAGGCCAAUGAUUUUUACCAGCUAAUCGUUGACAAUCUGAAGACACUGCCUGGUUUGGAUGAAAUCAAAGCCAAAAUUAAGGAGACACUAGGCGAAUACAUAGCACCAGAUCAACUUUCGCAAAUUGUUAGAGGAAUUUCAACGUUCUUGCAAGAAAUCAUUCCAGUUGACCAAUUCGAUGAAUUCGUGAAGAAUGUUGAGCAAUACAUCGAUAGUAAAUUGUCCAAUAAACGAGUGAACGACAUCGAAGAACUGAAGAAGAUCUAUGUCAGCCUAAUGAAAGCCGUUCGUGCCGUUAUCGAAAUGAUACGUACCCAAGUCGGCGAUACUGAUGUCACAAAGAACAACUACUGGUUCCCGAUACCAUUCUCUUUCGAUGCUCUGAAACGAGUACCAUCUGUGUCCAACUUCAGAUUUAGUCCAUGGAAUUUCUUCCGCAACGAAAAAACUCAAUCUCUGCGCGACAUUCUACUGACAUACCGUCCAUACGCCUGGAAUCCGAAGAACUUCUUACCGCCAUUCGAUAAGCACGGUACAAUUGUCGACGGACAACACAUCUUCACGUUUGAUGGUCGCCACAUGACGUUCCCGGGAACAUGCCAGUACAUUUUGGCUCAAGAUUUCGUAAACAACAACUUCAGUGUGGUAGUCAAUCUCGACGCUGGUAAAUUGAAGAGUAUUACUCUAGUGGACAAAGAGGACUCUGUAGAGGUCAGCCCAGGCGGUAUUGUUAAACUAAACGACAAGGCAACCGAAAUGCCAGUGCACAAGGCUAACAUUCAUGCAUGGCGACGAUACUACACUGUCUCAUUUUUGUCAAUGUACGGUGUAUUUGUUCAAUGUGGACUGGAUAUGCGUGUCUGCUACAUAUCCGUCAAUGGAUACUAUCACGGAAAACUUCGCGGUAUGUUAGGUAAUGGCAACAGUGAACCAUAUGACGAUUUUACGCUACCGAACAAUCACAUCGCUGCCGAUUUCGCUCAAUUCGGAAAUGCUUACAAAACGACAGCCACUUGUGCCGAUGUUCCAUUUGACGAACAUAAAAACGAGAAAAGCGACGAAUGUUCAUCAGUAUUCGGUUAUGAUUCAUCGAUGAAAUAUUGCUAUCUGUUCGUUGAUCGUCGACCAUACGCAGAGGCCUGUGAGCAUGCCGUCCAUCAUUCAACGGACAAGAAAGAUGCUGCUUGUAAUAUGGCACUAGCCUAUGCAUCAGCAUGUCGCAUGGAAAACAUUUUCACCAGUGCACCGGACACAUGCGUUACUUGUCCUGCAAAGCGGGCUGUUGGAGAUACGUACACUGAAACUGCACCGCAAAAAAAGGCUGAUGUAUUGUUUGUAGUUGAUCUCGGAUUAGGUGCGCAGACCCUCACCGACUUGGUUCAACCAUCCGUGAAUAUCCUUCGAAAUCAGUUGAAAAUGCGUGACUUCCAAGAAGGAAAUGUAAAUAUCGCCAUUGUCGGCUAUCGCAAAGACUUGAAGUACCCACAUCAUUUCACAACGAACGGAAAACUUGACUUUACCGGAAAAUUGACCAUGCCAGAUGACACUGAUAUGCCGAAGGAUGUACCACCAGUUAAAACAGGCAACGAAAAGUUGGAUAAGGCGUUGGAGGACGCAUUCAAUUACAAUCGUCAAUUGCAAGAGGAUCUGGGUAUUGCUGCUGACGGUAGAGCAUUCCAAGAAGCAUUCAAAUAUCCAUUCCGAAGCAAUGCCGCUAAAGCAAUUAUUGCAUUCAGAUCGGACAAUCUGGUACACUCUAAGAACCCGUUGAAACAAGCUGGCGGUACAUUGAUGAACACAUUGGCGAAGGUUCAUGGCAUUGCCGUUCAUAUGGUGGGACCACUGGAAAGUCUUAAAAUAAACAACGAAAAGAACAACAAAGUUAUCGGCUUUAAUCCCGAUUCUGUGAUCCUAUUCGGAAAGAAAGGCAAGACAGCCGAAUUGCGAGAGAAAUUAACUUAUGAUGCCGAUUUGGGUGUUGAUCUAGUCCAGGCCAACAACGGUUAUUCGUUCACACUAACCAAUUUCAACGAAACGAAAGACAAGAAGGCAUUCAUUCAGCACAUGACCGCUGCUAUUGCCGAUGAUUUGGCUAGAACGGAAUACACAUUGAACUGUGAAUGUGAACUACGAUACGGAUUGUUUGCGUACGAAAAAUGUCAUCAAGUGGAAUCCAGAUUGUUACCGCCGAUUGUGAAAGCACGCGGCUAAAUUAACUGAUUAACAACUACAAGAAUAUCACAAAAGAAAAACAAAGUUCUGCCAUUAAUGCUAUUUAGAUUGUGACUGUUGUGCUGAUUCCCGAACGAACAUAUUUUUGUAGUUUUUAAGGAAUGGAAGGAGGUUGGAGAUUUUUUAUGUAUUAAUUUUGUGUGAGCUUUCUGCAUAAGAGAGAAAAUAAAAAUGGACAAAUCACGUUUUUGUCAAAUAAAGAGACUGAAUAUUG